AUGCAUUUGAUAAAGUCUCUAAAGCAAUCAAACAAUGAUAUACGAAUCCUUUGGUUUUCUGUAUUCAUCCGUAUGGCCAGUUAUGGAUUAACUAAUCAAGUUCUCACGUUAUAUCUUGAAGAAUUAGGCGUGUCACAAGAGAAUAUCGGAAUAUUCAUGACAUUAACUCUUGUGGGUGAUACCAUCAUAUCCUAUUUCCUCACUUGGUAUGCAGAUAAAAUUGGAAGAAGAGUAGUCAUGAUAAUUGGUACCAUGAUGAUGUUUGUAUCGGGACUUACAUUCACAUUCUGUUCACAUUUUAUUUUACUUUUGAUAGCUGCCACAAUUGGUGUCAUUUCACCAUCAGGUGAUGAAACAGGACCAUUCAAGUCAGUCGAGGAAGCUUCAAUUGCUCAUUUAACUCCUCAUAACCAUCGUCCAGAAGUAUUUGCGUUUUACGGCUUAUUUGCCACCAUUGGAGCUGCUUUAGGUUCUUUAUCAUGUGGUUUAUUAGUCGAUUAUAUGAAUUUACAAUUGAAUUAUGAUAUCGAGACGUGUUAUCGUGCUGUAUUUUUAGUCUAUUCAAUUAUUGGUACUUUUAAGUUUGUUUGUAUGUUAUUCUUAAGUGAAAAAUGUGAAAUUAAUUAUCAUAGAAACAAAUCAGUCGACGAAACUAGUAAUUUAAUUAAUCACGAGACCGUUGAAAAUGGUGUUACAGAAGAAGAGGACGAUGACGAAGAAGAGGAUGAUGCUAUAAAAGGAGUAUCGAUUAAUCUUACUGGACUUUCUCCUACUACAAGGUAUUAUUUACCAAGGCUUUUAGUAAUAUUCAUGUUAGAUUCUCUUGGAUAUGGUUUCAUGCCAUCAGCGUGGAUUAUUUACUACCUUAAGAAAACAUUUGAAAUAACCGCUAGUGGAUUAGGAAUAUUAUAUUUUAUUACUAAUUCGAUUGAUUCAAUAACGACUUUGCCUUCAGCAUUUUUAGCAAAGUUGUUAGGCCCAGUUAAAGCAAUUUUAUUUACCCAAGCUCCUUCGGCAGUAUUUUUCCUAUUGAUUGCAUGUGCAUCUAAAUUCCCAAUGGUUGCUGUAUUAUUAGUCUUAUAUUAUUCAACAUCGACAAUGGAUGUAGUACCACGUCAAGUUUUAUUGACUUCAAUUAUGCCUCAAGAGGAGAUAACAAAAGUCAUGGGUAUAGUUAACAUCGGAAAGACAUUUGCUAGAUGUAUUGGACCGGUAUUUACAGGAAAAUUAGCAGCUAACCAACUUUUGUAUGUAGGAUUUAUUAUUAAUGGAGGUUGUACUUUGUUGGCUGAUUUAAUAUUGGGAUUAAAUUUCUUACAUUUAGAUCAUGAAAUUUUACAAAAGCAAAGUGUAAUCGUUAAUAUAGAAUGA